AUGAUAUUAUGGCCACAAGCAAUUAACGAUGAAGUAUAUGCAGAUGGUUAUUGUCCGAGCUUAUGCCUAUAUUUUAAACAGGAGUUGCUAUCUAGGGUAUGGGCACCACCAGCACUUACAAUGGGCCUUGAGGCGGCGGCCUUCCAAGAUGAAUUAUCAACACGCGCCCAGAUAAACUUUGGGUUUUUUGAUGAAGAUGGAGUAGCGUACGAAUUCACGAGGCUGUCUACCGGCUAUGUAGGAUCACUGGAAAUUAUGCAGUUAUUGUUAUUAGUCCUAGCCGAGGACCCGCGUAUCGUACGAACGGACGAGCAACUACUCCCCCACGUCCAAAAAAUCAUCGACGUGUGGAUCCACGACAUACGAAUUACGCCCCCUACCACAAAGUCCGCGGAUGUGUAUACAAAUGUACAAACAAGAGAGCCCGAGAAACCCGUGUUACCUAUGGCGAAACGGAGUAUAGAUGACAAUACGGCUAUAUCGGCAUCAAAUGGGACAGAAACAAACAUACCGUACACAUAG